AUGCUCGAGGUAGAGGAUUCACUUGUCGACGACAAUGACGAUCACAAGAUGCUAUCAAGGAGUCAUCAACUGAUUGACAUGAAUGCACUUGUGCUUUUGUGUCGAGCUGAGCAACAAUUGACAUCAGGAGAAGGUGGCCACGCCACGGAGUUCAACAAUGCGCCAGGGUUGCGAGACAAAUAUGUCAAGCAACAACUAAGGUGGACAUUCCAAGGCAGCCAUUGCAAAUCUACCGCCAUGCACAAGUGCCUUGAAUGGUGCCACGUGCCACGGGCGCAGGUUCAGGUUCAGGCGCAUAGCUCCAUCGACUCAUUCAUGCCUCUCUGGUCCAUAUAUGCCAACGAGGCGUGCAAUUCUCGACUGGUCCAGCCCCCCUGGCAUGAUAUAUGCGAGGCCGAAAUGGGAAUAUCGCCCACCGCUCUGCUUUACACCUUGUGCCGCUAUGACAGCACCGGUCGGCUGCCUGCCCCGGGUAGUCUUGACAUACACCAGUUUAUUAAACGAUAUCUGGACCUUUUUGUCACUGAUGAUUCGCCGUCGGAAGGCAUGCCAUGGCGGCUGUGUGAUAUUCGGCAGCUGGUAAGCCAGACGCUAUAUGUACCUCUCCCCCGUUCCCAUGCUGCUGACGGAGAGUCCAUUCCUCUCUUCUUCAGCAGCCAGGAAAACCAGCGCUCGAUGGAGGCGGGAGACGCCGAAGACAUGUCGCUAUCUGAGUACAGCUGCAUCGACGCUGGCGCAGGCGGAUAUGACUUCCACCUCGACCUAGCAGGGAUGUCAGAAAACACCGUUGAGCUCUGCUAG